AUGCCACCGAAGAUGGCGAAGAUCUUGAAGAAGAAAACCACCGAUAGCCCACAAAAGACCAAAGGUCGCAGACCAAUCGCAAAAGAUGGCGAUGGCUCACCAAAUGCCGUGCGCAAAUCCAAGCCCGGAAAACAAAAAGCCAACAAGGCCGCAGAUGUCCAACCGGGUGAUCCAACCCCCACAGGCCGCCGCCGCCGCUACAAGCCUGGCACCGUGGCACUCAAAGAGAUCCGCAAAUACCAACGCUCCUACGACCUCCUCAUAGCUAAGCUGCCGUUCGCGCGACUCGUUCGCGAAGUCGCUCUCGAUCUUCUGCCCGCCGACACGGGCGCCGAACUGCGUUGGCAGUCACAUGCGAUCCUGGCACUGCAAGAAGCCGCCGAGGCAUUCCUGGUUCAUUUGUUCGAGGACACAAAUCUGUGUGCGAUCCACGCCAAGCGCGUCACAAUUAUGCAAAAGGAUAUCCAGCUUGCGCGGAGAAUUCGCGGGGUCUGGGCUGGUCUGGGUUAA